AAACCAUCACUGCAAAACAGACGCAAUUAAGCAACGCAUGCUCCAGGAUAAUCCGACAUUUUUGUGAAAUGGUUUAACUGAUUCAUUGAGAAAUUUCGACUCAAUAGAACGAUUCGUUCACGAAUCGGACGUUAUAGCGGAAACAGCUGAGACCAUGUGCCUCUGGAGUCUCACGCCUUCAAGUAACUUUGUGCAUGACAAGCAGGCGUUCCUGAGUUGGCUAAUAGUCAUCAUUGGUUUUGGGUCUGUGCGGGCCUGUAUGUGUUUCUGUAAAAGUUUUUCUGCUCUCUUGAGGAAUGUCCGGUUCUGCUCUUAGUCGACGGCUGGUUGCAUGUCUCCUGAACAUCUCAGAAGCUCGGAGAAGAGACCUGGUGGAGACAGUGGCAAAAGCAGCCAUCACUGACGCACAUGGAAAAAAACGUGAAGGCAUCACAGUGCUGAACAUCUUCAAUGAUGUUGACUACAAUCGCUCUGUCAUCACUAUUGUUGCAAGCAUUGACCUACUAAGGGAGGCUGUAUUGUCGGCUUGUGAGCGUGCUUUCUCUCUGAUUGACAUGAAUGUCCAUGAGGGCACCCACCCAUGCAUGGGUGCAGUGGAUCUGGUGCCUCUCUAUCCACUAGGGGAGGAGGUGGGCCUUGAGGAUUGUGGAAAAGAGGCCCAGGCAUUAGCAACAGCUCUGACAGAAAGAGUGGCAGGUACCAGUGCUUUUCUGUUCGGAUGGGCUGAUUCUCCUCGGCGUCGAGGUCUGGCUCAAAGGAGGAAAGAGAUUGGCUGGUUCAAAAAGGUCAAAGAUAUGUCAAGCAUCCACCCAGAUGUAGGUCCACAGGCCACAAGAAGAUAUGGCAUUACAGGUGUUGGCGCCAGCCCCUACGUCAUGAACUGUAACGUGACCAUCGAUACCCAGGAUCUGGCCCUGGGCCGGAUUAUUGCUUUAGCAGUCCGUGAAUCCAGUUCUGGUGGCAUCCCUGGAGUUCAGGUCAUGGCCCUGCCACAUGAAGGUCUUAUGGAGAUCGCUUGCAAUGUGGAGAGUGUUCAGGGUGGUCCUCCAUCAUCUUCAUCUUAUGGUGAGGAACAAUGGCCAAGCUUUGUCAUUGGAGGGCAAAACUUUUGCCAUGCUCCAGCCUCGCUAAUCACAAAACGUGUAGCAGAGCUGGCUAGACACCAUGGAGUGGCUUUGAAGGGCACUGCCCUGGUAGGCUUUACCCCACGUGAGUGCCGGAGACUGGCAGAGGGAGCGCUCUCAAAUGGCAUCGGAGAGUUCUGGAAAGAGCUGCAGCGUGUACACAUGUGAACAAGCCAACAACUUUCAACACUGUGUUAACUAAAUUGCAAAAUAAUCAAUUGUUAAUUAUAGGGAAUUUGAUGAGCCACCAACAAUAGAUAAUCAGCCCUUAUUGCUAUAUUUAAUUAUAUAUUAUUAUUAUUUGUUCUUUUUUUUUUAGUCCUUAAAGGGAUUGCGCUGACAAUGCCAGGGCCCGAGCAAACAAACAUGGUAAUUAAAUUAACCCAUUUUGGGGAUGAGCUUAUUCUAAAAUAUACUUUGGAGUGGAAUAUGGGUCGAGGCAGACUACAAUUUCUUACACCGGCAAGUAUACAGUACGUUGAUGUUUUUAGUUCUAUAAUUCCAAGCAACUAAAGUUUUUGGUGGAUGUGACGUACAGAAGGGUCAACGCCUUUGGGCAGCUAUUAUGGUCUAACAAGACCAGGCUCCUAUCUAAAUGAAUGGGCAGAGACUCAGAACUGUCCUUUCACUGGUCACUGGGACCUAAAAACUGGAACUUCCAGGAGACUUGGGAUAUCUGAUAUUUACACAACUAACACAUAUCAAAACUGCCGCCUUUUCAAAUAGUAACAUAUUUUCCGCUGUCUCAAACCUCAACUUUAGCCUAUUCACCUUACCCCCCAGAGUUAGAUAAGU